AUGUAGUUAGUGAAUAGUGGAUUUGGUAAUUCUGAGCUUUUCCCUGAGUUUUGGACUUGGAUUUAGAGUUUGCUUAAUUUACCAAAUUGGUCCUAAAGAUAACAGAAAUAAAAAAUGUUUUAAUAAUAUUGAAAGCUUAAUAAGGAUUUCAAAUUACAUAAAGCCUCAGUUUAGCCAUCUUUAAUGUGGAAAAGUUGAUACUACAUAUUGUGCUUAUUUAACACAUACUUUAAUCUGUAUGUCAUUUUGCAAUAACCGAUAUCUACCAAAAAACACUGAGUCAAUGUAAAGCGACAUUGACAAAUAUAUCUAAAAUGUUUUCAAAUGUAAAUAUUGUUAAUAUUUUAAAUUCAUUCUGAAACUUCUUUUCUCUUGAUAUUUAACAGAACUGCCUACAACAGCAGCACUAACUACUACACCAUCAGCAACUACCACACCAGCAUUAACUACCACACCAGCAUUAACUACCACAGCAGCACCAACUACUACACCAGCAACAACUACUACAGACGCAACAACUACUACACCAGCACCAACUACUACAGCAGCACCAACUACUACACCAGCACCAACUACUACAGAAGCACCUACUACUACACCAGCACCAACUACUACAGAAGCAACAACUACUACCCCAGCACCAACUACUACAGACGCAACAACUACUACACCAGCACCAACUACUACACCAGCACCAACUACUACAGAAGCAACAACUACCACACCAGCAUUAACUAGCACAGCAGCACCAACUACUACACCAGCACCAACUACUACAGCAGCACCAACUACUACAGAAGCAACAACUACUACAGAAGCACCUACUACUACACCAGCACCAACUACUACAGAAGCACCUACUACUACAGAAGCACCUACUACUACAGCAGCACCAACUACAACAGAAGCACCGACUACUACAGCAGCACCAACUACUACAGAAGCACCUACUACUACAGCAGCACCAACUACAACAGAAGCACCGACUACUACACCAGCACCAAAUACUACAGAAGCACCUACUACUACAGAAGCACCUACUACUACAGCAGCACCAACUACUACACCAGCACCAACUACUACAGCAGCACCAACUACAACAGAAGCACCUACUACUACACCAGCACCAACUACAACAGAAGCACCUACUACUACAGCAGCACCAACUACUACAGAAGCACCUACUACUACAGAAGCACCUACUACUACAGAAGCACCUACUACAACAGCAGCACCAACUACAACAGAAGCACCGACUACUACAGAAGCACCGACUACUACAGCAGCACCAACUACUACAGAAGCACCUACUACUACAGCAGCAACAACUCCUACACCAGCACCAACUACUACAGAAGCACCUACUACUACAGCAGCACCAGCUACUACAGAAGCACCUACUACUACAGCAGCACCAACUACAACAGAAGCACCAACUACAACAGAAGCACCUACUACUACACCAGCACCAACUACUACAGCAGCACCUACUACUACAGAAGCACCUACUACUACAGAAGCACCUACUACUACAGCAGCACUAACUACAACUGA